AUGAAAAGUGCAAAUUUUGGUAUAACAAUAAUUCUUGAAGUUGUAGCUGAUUAUGACCUUUGGAUAUGGCAUGCAUAUUUUGGAAUGCCCGGCACCAAUAAUGACAUUAAUGUUUUAGAAUCGUCACAUCUGUUUUUCAAUCUUGCUAAAGGUAUUGCUCCUCCCACCCAUUAUGUUAUUCAAGGAAACGAAUAUGAUGUGGGUUAUUAUUUAGCUGACAGGCCGUCGCGUUUUUGGAGAAAAGAAGUGCUACAUGAUAUAUUAACAUCAUGUAUUAUACUGCACAACAUGACAAUCGAGGAUGAGCGUGAUCUUAAUGCACCAAUUCAAGAUGCUUGGGAAGGUCCAACUCCAACAGUAGAAAUGGUAGUAGAUGAAAGUCAUCGAUUUGAACAAUUUUUAGCUCGACACAAAAAAAUUAAGAACAAAGAUGUUCAUUUUGCACUUCGUAAUGCAUUAGUAGAGCAUUUAUGGGAGCAACGUACUAAUCAUGGAAGUUGA